GGAUUGAAGAGUCAAGCAGAAGGUGGCCAAGGCUUUUCUGCUUGAGCCACUCCAAACACGCAAAAGACCCAGGCCCCUGAUGCCCGCUAUCUCAAUAUCUACAUCAACCUCCCAGUCUGCACCUUGCUUCAACCUCACAUCGUUCACUACUUCCGUUCAUUGCAAAAGCUACUCGCCCUUCUACCUCACGACUACCUUUUCGAACUCGGAUUCGUCGCCAUAAUAUCCGUCGCCAUCAACAUUCCCUUAUUCUACACUACUGGCCGUCGACAUCCGGCCCCUACACGGCGACUUCUAUACUAAUUCCAUGGCCCGUUAACUCGACGCCAUCUACAUACGACCCAGGAACAUAAAAACUAGCUACAGCCCAAGGACUUUCCGUGGAUUUUCUCCCAGGACAUUGCCUUUUGGUUUGAGGACGUUGUUCCAGUAGAGAAGGCCGUUUUCUCUUGAUUCCUUUCCUUAUCUCUGUUGCCUUUUAAGAUCCAGUCCCGGUUUUACCAGGAAAGGACCAUAAUCUGUCGCAUACCAUGCAUAAUGUGGCAGCGUACGGGUAUCCCACGCCUCCGGCAUCCCCCGCCUACGACAACACCAAGUGUGCUUUCCAACAACCACCACUAGCUGUGCCUCCUGUUUGCCAACCUCGAUACACUCCAGUUGCCCCGGAAGAUAGAUUAGGAAAGUUCCUUGGAGAAAGCCUGCAGUUGAUAGGAAUUAUUGGAACCGGUGCCUAUGGCGUGGUCUACCUGGCGGUCGACGUCAAGACUGGAGUCCGAUAUGCAGUAAAGACGCUCAGCAAAUUCAACGCAGACGGAUCACCUCUGGAUCGACGGCAAAUUGCCUUUCAGCACCGGGAACUACGCUUACACUAUAUGGCCUCGGCGCAUCCUAACGUUGUUUCCAUGCACAAAAUUGUUGACGACCCGGAUUGCAUAUAUGUUAUCCUGGAGUAUUGCCCGGAAGGUGACCUUUUCCUCAACAUCACAGAAAGAGGACAAUAUGUGGGUAAGGAUGCAUUGGUCAAGAGCGUAUUCCUGCAGAUCCUGGACGCCGUUGAGCACUGCCAUAACCUGGGGAUCUAUCACCGCGACUUAAAACCUGAGAAUAUCUUAGUUUCGAACCGGGGAGACACGGUAAAGUUGGCAGACUUCGGCUUGGCGACCUCAUCAGACCGGUCCGAAGACUACGGAUGUGGUUCGACUUUUUAUAUGUCACCAGAAUGUCUGGACCCAUCAUCCCGAAGGCCAUUUUAUUACUGCGCCCCAAAUGAUGUCUGGAGCCUUGGUGUUAUCCUAGUAAACUUGACCUGUGGUCGUAAUCCGUGGAAGCAAGCCUCCUUUGAAGAUUCCACGUAUCGUGCCUACACCAGGAGUCAGGAUUUCCUACGGACUAUUUUGCCAUUGUCGGAUGACCUCAACAAUAUACUAGGACGGAUAUUUACCCGCAACCCAGACCACAGAAUUACGUUACCAGAACUCCGGAACAGCAUCCUCGCCUGUUCCAGAUUUACGAUUUCACCUAAUGCGCCUGCUCCCCAAGCGGCGCUCCCAACACCGCCCACUUCGCCUGGGCCCAUCGAAUACGUUGACUGCGAAGAAGCCAUUGUCGAAGACUUGAGCUACGAUUCGCCACUAUCACCCUCCGCUUCGGAUUCCGAUACGGAGUCCAUAUGUUCAUCCGACGAUGGAUCUCUUACCUCGAGUGUUUCGACUAUCGACGACAUAGACGACGACGACGACUUCGUUAUCACGGAGGAUGAGAUCCCUCCUACCCAGGAGCCCCAGUUGUAUGAUUCAGAUGAAUCAAAAGUUAUGUUUUCACAGGAGUUUGUUCCGCAAUACUCGGGCCGUAUUGAGCCUUGCCAGCCUUGCGCAGUUCAAGUUCCUGUGCAGGCUAGCUGUGCACCAACCAAAUUCGCCUUCCCAUAUUUCUGGGAAGUGGUGAAUAGGUACACACAACCUGCACCCAUACAUUCCAUUCCUUUCCAUCCACAAGUUCAUCUUUUUUCCAACUUCCAAGGCUGCUAUUAGCUGCAUUGAUUAUGUAUAGCUGCCCUGUUGCCUUGGAUGCAUUUUUAACCCAAGGGUCAUG